AUGUCUGUUUCACCCUCUCCGGAACCUGAGAUCCAGGGUCACAUCCUUGUGCAUUGCUUUGGCGACUGGGGUCAUAUACGACCUCUGUGCAAUCUCGCCGGUCGCAUCGUUAGAUAUAAGCCCAUAAAUAUCACCUUCUUGAUCUCCCCUACAUUUUACAAUCUCGCGAAGCUUGAGUUGUCGAGAAGUUUCGGUAAGGACGAAGAGCGCCAGGCGGAGCGUAUCAAGCUGGUCGGUCUAAAAGAGGAUGUGACCGUCCUCAGCGUCGGUACGGGAGACGCCAUAUUCGAAGACAUCUACAAGGCCGUGGUCGAGACGGGCUCCUUGACUUGCUCCGUGACGAAGGCCCAGUUCGAUGGUCUCACUCACCCAGACGCCGUGAUUCUCGACUUCUUUGGCUUCGGCCCACUGCAGUUGAUCCGUCAAGCUAGCCGCAAGCCCGUCAAGGUGCUCGCCUGGCAGACCGGAGCCAUCUCUUACAUGCUCCGCGUCUUUGGACCAGUUACUGAAGAAGGCAUUGGUCACUGGGAGAAAGUCGUAGCAACGAAAGCCGCGGAGACUGGCAAGAACUUCCUAGAGGCUGCAGACCAGCUAUUAACUAGGAGCGAGGGAACUAUCAUUGAUAUACCCGGCUUGCCAAAGAUGUAUGACUGGGAGUGCUUCCCCCAACCUCUGCCCCUAUUCCCCGUUGGCUUUAUCAGCACGCAGAUGUACCAGUUGCUCCGUGCAUGCGAUGGCAUCAUCCACACAGACGCUGCAGCGUACGAGGCCGAGUUCAUCAAGACCUUCAGCAAGUGGUUUGGGGAAGACAGAGGCAGCUACUGCCUCGGUCCGAUCCUCCCCGCAUCCGAGGUAGAGGCCGCUCAGGCCGGUGAACUAAUGCAAUCGCCAAAGGGACAAGAGAUCAAGCAGUUCCUGAACAAGUCCGUCGAGACUCACGGACCGCAUUCCGUCCUUUACAUCUCCUUCGGAACUUUCUGGUGGCCGGCAGAGCCGGAAAAGGUAUGGGCCUUCGUGGAGGCGGUAAUGGAGUUGAAAGUUCCCUUCAUUAUGAGCCAUGGCUCUCCCCGCGCUACCAUUCCUCCCGAACUUGUCAAGAAAGCGCAAGAUUCAGGCGUGGGCAUCUUCGUUCAAUGGGCGCCGCAGCAAAGUAUACUAGCACAUGAGGCUACGGGUUGGUUCAUGUCCCAUUGCGGACAGAACUCUGUACUUGAAUCAUUGAGCUACGGCGUGCCAAUGAUCGCGUGGCCUCAAGCCAUCGACCAGGUCGUAAACGCUGUGCACAUCAGCACGAACAUCAAAGCCGGAUACGAACUCUUCGAGACUCGCAGCGGAGAGAUGGGCCUCAAGGCUAUCCUCCGCACCGGGAAGACGCCUGAGGGCACCAUCGAUGCCGUCCGUCGCGAGGCCAAAGAGGUCUUAGAGCUUGCUCGAGGUCCCGAUGGCCAGACCAGGCGGGCGAACGCGAUUAAAGUGAAGGAGGAGAUGGCCCAAGCGUGGAAUGAAGACGGGCCCGCUUUCACCGACUUCCGGAAGCUGCUCGGUGAUAUCAAUCUGGUCUGA